AAUUUACUUCAUCCUUUUUUUUCUCAACUCCGAGCCUAAAAGUCUCCCGUAGUUUAAAUGCUGCAUAAACGUAGCGGUAUCAAAAAACGCAGCAUCGUGCUAAGCGGCGGGCGCUAAUCGAACAUGGCGCCUCGGAUAUAGUUGUAGCUUUAAUGUAGCAGGCGACAUCCAUGUGCCUCAUGCCUUGGAAAUCUAAGGCUCUCAUCGUUGGCCGCAUAGACAAUGACAGAAGAUUCCGACUCGAUAUCUGAGGAAGAACGCAGUUUGUUCCGUCCCUUUACCCGCGAAUCAUUGGUGCAAAUCGAACAACGCAUUGCCGCUGAACAUGAAAAGCAGAAGGAGCUGGAAAGAAAGAGAGCCGAGGGAGAGGUGCCGCAAUAUGGUCGCAAGAAAAAACAAAAAGAAAUCCGAUAUGAUGACGAGGACGAGGAUGAAGGUCCACAACCGGAUCCUACACUUGAACAGGGUGUGCCAAUACCUGUUCGAUUGCAGGGCAGCUUCCCGCCGGAAUUGGCCUCCACUCCUCUCGAGGAUAUCGAUCCCUACUACAGCAAUGUACUGACAUUCGUAGUUGUAAGCAAAGGAAAAGAUAUUUUUCGCUUUUCUGCAUCAAAAGCAAUGUGGCUGCUCGAUCCAUUCAAUCCGAUACGUCGUGUGGCCAUUUACAUUCUAGUGCAUCCAUUAUUUUCCCUAUUCAUCAUCACCACAAUUCUCGUCAACUGCAUCCUGAUGAUAAUGCCGACAACGCCCACGGUUGAGUCCACUGAGGUGAUAUUCACCGGAAUCUACACAUUUGAAUCAGCUGUUAAAGUGAUGGCACGAGGUUUCAUUUUAUGCCCGUUUACGUAUCUUAGAGAUGCAUGGAAUUGGCUGGACUUCGUAGUAAUAGCUUUAGCUUAUGUGACCAUGGGUAUAGAUUUAGGUAAUCUAGCAGCCCUGCGAACGUUUAGGGUGCUGCGAGCGCUUAAAACCGUAGCCAUUGUGCCAGGCUUGAAGACCAUCGUCGGCGCCGUCAUCGAAUCGGUGAAGAAUCUGCGCGAUGUGAUAAUCCUGACCAUGUUCUCCCUGUCGGUGUUCGCGUUGAUGGGCCUGCAGAUCUACAUGGGCGUGCUCACGCAGAAGUGCAUCAAGAAGUUCCCGCUGGACGGCUCCUGGGGCAAUCUGACCGACGAGAACUGGGACUAUCACAAUCGCAAUAGCUCCAAUUGGUACUCCGAGGACGAGGGCAUCUCAUUUCCGUUGUGCGGCAAUAUAUCCGGUGCGGGGCAAUGCGACGACGACUACGUGUGCCUGCAGGGGUUUGGUCCGAAUCCGAAUUAUGGCUACACCAGCUUCGAUUCGUUCGGAUGGGCAUUCCUGUCCGCGUUCCGGCUGAUGACACAGGACUUUUGGGAGGACCUGUACCAGCUGGUGUUGCGCGCCGCCGGACCAUGGCACAUGCUGUUCUUUAUAGUCAUCAUCUUCCUAGGUUCAUUCUAUCUUGUGAAUUUGAUUUUGGCCAUUGUUGCCAUGUCGUAUGACGAAUUGCAAAAGAAGGCCGAAGAAGAGGAGGCUGCCGAAGAGGAGGCGAUACGUGAAGCGGAAGAAGCUGCCGCCGCCAAAGCGGCCAAGCUGGAGGAGCGGGCCAAUGCGCAGGCUCAGGCAGCAGCGGAUGCGGCUGCCGCCGAAGAGGCUGCACUGCAUCCGGAGAUGGCCAAGAGUCCGACGUAUUCUUGCAUCAGCUAUGAGCUAUUUGUUGGCGGCGAGAAGGGCAACGAUGACAACAACAAAGAGAAGAUGUCCAUUCGGAGCGUCGAGGUGGAGUCGGAGUCGGUGAGCGUUAUACAAAGACAACCAGCACCUACCACAGCACACCAAGCUACCAAAGUUCGUAAAGUGAGCACGACAUCCUUAUCCUUACCUGGUUCACCGUUUAACAUACGCAGGGGAUCACGUAGUUCUCACAAGUACACGAUACGGAACGGGCGUGGCCGCUUUGGUAUACCCGGUAGCGAUCGUAAGCCAUUGGUAUUGUCAACAUAUCAGGAUGCCCAGCAGCACUUGCCCUAUGCCGACGACUCGAAUGCCGUCACCCCGAUGUCCGAAGAGAAUGGGGCCAUCAUAGUGCCCGUGUACUAUGGCAAUCUAGGCUCUCGGCACUCAUCGUACACCUCGCAUCAGUCCCGAAUAUCGUAUACCUCACAUGGCGAUCUACUCGGCGGCAUGGCCGUCAUGGGCGUCAGCACAAUGACCAAGGAGAGCAAAUUGCGCAACCGCAACACACGCAAUCAAUCAGUGGGCGCCACCAAUGGCGGCACCACCUGCCUGGACACCAAUCACAAGCUCGAUCAUCGCGACUACGAAAUUGGCCUGGAGUGCACGGACGAAGCUGGCAAGAUUAAACAUCAUGACAAUCCUUUUAUCGAGCCCGUCCAGACACAAACGGUGGUUGACAUGAAAGAUGUGAUGGUCCUGAAUGACAUAAUCGAACAGGCCGCUGGUCGGCACAGUCGGGCAAGCGAUCGCGGUGUCUCCGUUUACUAUUUCCCAACAGAGGACGAUGACGAGGAUGGGCCGACGUUCAAAGACAAGGCACUCGAAGUGAUCCUCAAAGGCAUCGAUGUGUUUUGUGUGUGGGACUGUUGCUGGGUUUGGUUGAAAUUUCAGGAGUGGGUAUCGCUCAUCGUCUUCGAUCCCUUCGUCGAGCUCUUCAUCACGCUGUGCAUUGUGGUCAACACGAUGUUCAUGGCGAUGGAUCACCACGAUAUGAACAAGGAGAUGGAGCGCGUGCUCAAGAGUGGCAACUAUUUCUUCACGGCCACCUUCGCCAUCGAGGCCACCAUGAAGCUGAUGGCCAUGAGCCCCAAGUACUAUUUCCAGGAGGGCUGGAACAUCUUCGACUUCAUCAUCGUGGCCCUAUCGCUCUUGGAGCUGGGACUCGAGGGUGUCCAGGGUCUGUCCGUCUUGCGUUCCUUUCGAUUGCUGCGUGUUUUCAAGCUGGCCAAAUCGUGGCCGACACUGAAUUUGCUCAUAUCGAUUAUGGGCCGCACUGUCGGCGCCCUCGGCAAUCUGACCUUCGUCCUGUGCAUUAUUAUCUUCAUAUUCGCGGUCAUGGGCAUGCAGCUGUUUGGCAAGAACUACACAGAUCACAAGGACCGCUUUCCGGAUGGCGACCUGCCGCGCUGGAACUUCACCGACUUCAUGCACAGCUUCAUGAUCGUGUUCCGGGUGCUCUGCGGAGAGUGGAUCGAGUCCAUGUGGGACUGCAUGUACGUGGGCGACGUCUCGUGCAUUCCCUUCUUCUUGGCCACCGUUGUCAUCGGCAAUCUUGUGGUACUUAACCUUUUCUUAGCCUUGCUUUUGUCCAAUUUUGGCUCAUCUAGCUUAUCAGCGCCGACUGCCGAUAACGAUACGAAUAAAAUAGCCGAGGCCUUCAAUCGAAUUGGCCGAUUUAAAAGUUGGGUUAAGCGUAAUAUUGCUGAUUGUUUCAAGUUAAUACGUAACAAAUUGACAAAUCAAAUAAGUGAUCAACCAUCAGAGCAUGGUGAUAACGAACUGGAGCUGGGCCACGACGAGAUCCUCGCCGACGGCCUGAUCAAGAAGGGGAUCAAGGAGCAGACGCAACUGGAGGUGGCCAUCGGGGAUGGCAUGGAGUUCACGAUACACGGCGACAUGAAGAACAACAAGCCGAAGAAAUCCAAAUAUCUAAAUAACGCAACGGACGACGACACUGCCAGCAUUAACUCAUAUGGUAGCCAUAAGAAUCGACCAUUCAAGGACGAGAGCCACAAGGGCAGCGCCGAGACGAUGGAGGGCGAGGAGAAGCGCGACGCCAGCAAGGAGGAUUUAGGUCUCGACGAGGAACUGGACGAGGAGGGCGAAUGCGAGGAGGGCCCGCUCGACGGUGAUAUCAUUAUUCAUGCACACGACGAGGAUAUACUCGAUGAAUAUCCAGCUGAUUGCUGCCCCGAUUCGUACUAUAAGAAAUUUCCGAUCUUAGCCGGUGACGAUGACUCGCCGUUCUGGCAAGGAUGGGGCAAUUUACGACUGAAAACUUUUCAAUUAAUUGAAAAUAAAUAUUUUGAAACAGCUGUUAUCACUAUGAUUUUAAUGAGUAGCUUAGCUUUGGCAUUAGAAGAUGUACAUCUGCCACAAAGACCCAUACUGCAGGAUAUUUUAUACUAUAUGGACAGAAUAUUUACGGUUAUAUUCUUCUUGGAAAUGUUAAUCAAGUGGUUGGCGCUCGGCUUCAAAGUGUACUUCACCAACGCGUGGUGUUGGCUCGAUUUCGUGAUUGUCAUGGUAUCGCUUAUCAACUUCGUUGCUUCACUUGUUGGAGCUGGUGGUAUUCAAGCCUUCAAGACUAUGCGAACGUUAAGAGCACUGAGACCACUACGUGCCAUGUCCCGUAUGCAGGGCAUGAGGGUCGUCGUUAAUGCGCUGGUACAAGCUAUACCGUCCAUCUUCAAUGUGCUAUUGGUGUGUCUAAUAUUUUGGCUAAUUUUUGCCAUAAUGGGUGUACAGCUUUUUGCUGGAAAAUAUUUUAAGUGCGAGGACAUGAACGGCACGAAGCUCAGCCACGAGAUCAUACCAAAUCGCAAUGCCUGCGAGAGCGAGAACUACACGUGGGUGAAUUCAGCAAUGAAUUUCGAUCAUGUAGGUAACGCGUAUCUGUGCCUUUUCCAAGUGGCCACCUUCAAAGGCUGGAUACAAAUCAUGAACGAUGCUAUCGAUUCACGAGAGGUGGACAAGCAACCAAUUCGUGAAACGAACAUCUACAUGUAUUUAUAUUUCGUAUUCUUCAUCAUAUUUGGAUCAUUUUUCACACUCAAUCUGUUCAUUGGUGUUAUCAUUGAUAAUUUUAAUGAGCAAAAGAAAAAAGCAGGUGGAUCAUUAGAAAUGUUCAUGACAGAAGAUCAGAAAAAGUACUAUAAUGCUAUGAAAAAGAUGGGCUCUAAAAAACCAUUAAAAGCCAUUCCAAGACCAAGGUGGCGACCACAAGCAAUAGUCUUUGAAAUAGUAACCGAUAAGAAAUUCGAUAUAAUCAUUAUGUUAUUCAUUGGUCUGAACAUGUUCACCAUGACCCUCGAUCGUUACGAUGCGUCGGACACGUAUAACGCGGUCCUAGACUAUCUCAAUGCGAUAUUCGUAGUUAUUUUCAGUUCCGAAUGUCUAUUAAAAAUAUUCGCUUUACGAUAUCACUAUUUUAUUGAGCCAUGGAAUUUAUUUGAUGUAGUAGUUGUCAUUUUAUCCAUCUUAGGUCUCGUACUUAGCGAUAUUAUCGAGAAGUACUUCGUGUCGCCGACCCUGCUCCGAGUGGUGCGUGUGGCGAAGGUGGGCCGUGUCCUUCGACUGGUGAAGGGAGCCAAGGGCAUUCGGACACUGCUCUUCGCGUUGGCCAUGUCGCUGCCGGCCCUGUUCAACAUCUGCCUGCUGCUGUUUCUGGUCAUGUUCAUCUUUGCCAUCUUCGGCAUGUCGUUCUUCAUGCACGUGAAGGAGAAGAGCGGCAUCAACGACGUCUACAACUUCAAGACCUUUGGCCAGAGCAUGAUCCUGCUCUUUCAGAUGUCGACGUCAGCCGGUUGGGAUGGUGUACUGGACGCCAUUAUCAAUGAGGAAGCAUGCGAUCCACCCGACAACGACAAAGGCUAUCCGGGCAAUUGUGGUUCAGCGACCGUUGGAAUAACGUUUCUCCUCUCAUACCUAGUUAUAAGCUUUUUGAUAGUUAUUAAUAUGUACAUUGCUGUCAUUCUCGAGAACUAUAGUCAGGCCACCGAGGACGUGCAAGAGGGUCUGACCGACGACGACUACGACAUGUACUAUGAGAUCUGGCAGCAAUUCGAUCCGGAGGGCACCCAGUACAUACGCUAUGAUCAGCUGUCCGAAUUCCUGGACGUACUGGAGCCCCCGCUGCAGAUCCACAAACCGAACAAGUACAAGAUCAUAUCGAUGGACAUACCCAUCUGUCGCGGCGACCUCAUGUACUGCGUCGACAUCCUCGACGCCCUUACGAAAGACUUCUUUGCGCGCAAGGGCAAUCCGAUAGAGGAGACGGGUGAGAUCGGUGAGAUAGCGGCCCGACCGGAUACGGAGGGCUACGAGCCCGUCUCAUCAACGCUGUGGCGUCAGCGUGAGGAGUACUGUGCCCGGCUCAUCCAGCACGCCUGGCGCAAGCACAAGGCGCGCGGCGAGGGAGGUGGCUCCUUCGAGCCGGAUGCGGAUCAGGGCGAUGGCGGCGGUGAUCCGGAUGCCGGUGACCCGGCGCCCGAUGACCAAACGGACGGCGAUGCGCCCGCUGGAGGAGAUGGUAGUGUUAACGGUACUGCAGAUGGAGCUGCCGAUGCCGACGAGAAUAAUGUAAAUAGUCCGGGAGAGGAUGCAGCGGCGGCAGCAGCAGCAGCAGCAGCGGCGGCGGCGGGUACAACGACGGCGGGAAGUCCCGGAGCGGGUAGCGCCGGACGACAGACCGCCGUUCUCGUGGAGAGCGACGGGUUCGUGACGAAGAACGGCCACAAGGUGGUCAUCCACUCGCGAUCGCCGAGCAUCACGUCGCGCACGGCGGAUGUCUGAGCCAGGCCUCGCCCCCCCCUCCAAGAUGCACGCGAGUAUUAGCAUGAGUACGUGUUGGAUGUUGCACGUUGCAUCGGCACAUGCAGCAGCGUUGCAGCGUUGCAGCGACAACAGUGAGCUAACAACAACAGCAACAAGGCGAACAACAAGCAUAAUUUUCUGCUAUAUAAUGAAAGAACACCAUACAAAACAAAUACAACAACAAUAACAGAAACAAACAAACAAACAAACAACAUCAGAAGAACAAGUAAAAACAACAACAAACCCGAUGAUAUAACGAAGAAGAUGAACAACAACAACAACAACAAGAAGAACACCAGUGUAACAUCUUUGAUUUGAAACAUACAUAUUUGUAUACCCGCAUUAUUCAGUUAACGAGUCAGCAACCAACAACAAUCAUACUUAAGCUAAACCGAAAUGUCUAAUUAAUUUGUAAGCAGCUCGUAGUCCAAUCCAUAUAGGCGUUUUGUCCAAACAACUAUUUGCCUAAGCAGGUGGAUGAAUAAACAGAAGAAGAAUCCCAUAAACACACACACAAAUACAGCACAUCACACACAAACACACACGCACACUCCCACUCACACAUCAACAGGACCAUAAACAAUUAUAAUCCCAAAAACCAAAAAAAAAAACCAACACUGAUAACAAAAUUGAAGAACGACGAACAAGCUCUACAAAUUGUAUUUGCCAGUAGUGAGAGAACCCAAAAAAACACGCUUUAUUUAAUUACCUACUUGCGAAACUUAAAAGCAAAUACCAAAUAACAAAAGAGGAGAAUGGCGACCAAAAGAUGGUAAAGGUUAGGAAGCAGAAGCAAAUCCAGAAGAACAAAAUAAUCAAUCCCCCAAAGCAACAUUCUAUAACGAACAAGAUGAACCCUUUUAACUUAUUCUAAACGAGAUGAGAACAACACCAAUUUGCAUAGUUUGUAUUGUAUGUACAUUUAUCCAGCUAAAUAAUGAAAAGCCAAAUGGUUGAAAUCAAAAGCGGACCCAAAACAACUAGAAACUAAAGCGACACCAAUAUAUAAACAAAUACCGCCUGAACUGCCAUUGAAAGCAAUACGAACCAAAAACUAAUGAGAACAACCAAGAGAGGCAAACAAUAGCGAAAGCUGCUAGAUGUCAAAGUAUAAUCACACAACAUCCAAACACCAUCCACUCACACCAACACCCGCUCACACACACCCACACACAAACACACACACAGAAGGAGGGGAAAAGGUCACCAGGAGAGUAAAAAGCAGACAGAGUUACUUCACAUUCAGAUACGAUCGAACUAAAUAAUCGGACAUUCCCUUUGCAGUUUCGAUCCCAAUGGGUCAGCAAGAAAGUUCAAAGCAAACAUUGUAACAUUUUAACCAUAGCGAUCGCACAUUUGAGGUUAUGUCUCAUUUUGAGGUUAUGUCCUCGCCUUGAGGUUAUGUUCUCACUUUGAGGUUAUGUCCUCAACUACAUACACACCCACACACACACCCGAAACACCGACACAAAGCGACAACAGUACCGAACAAAUCCUUGGAGUUGGGGCGCAUGGAGCCGCAGAAAGUGAGACAAAGACGAGUGAAACCUUCAACGAAGACCUUAGCAAUUCAAAUUUGAAUUCGAUCAGUCAAAAAUCGAUUAACAAAAACAAUUAACAAAGAACGCUGAACGAAGAAUGAAGAACGAAGAACGAAGAAAACGCGCAAGAAGUGAAUAUAUGAAACGAACAAUGCCGAGAAUGUGAAGUGAAAGAGAACCCAGUAACGAAACAAGUUUAAAGCGAGGCGAACCAAGUGCUAAAAGACGAGAAAAUAAAAACAAUUCGGAAAAUAGCAGAAGAAGCGUUUGUGCCUAGCACGAAAUAAAAAAAAUAUUGCAAAUAGAGAUACGAAAACGAGUGAACAAUUUGAACAAGUUUUUGUUUUCAAAGUGCUCUAUUUUCACAUACUUCUUUUUUAUCUUUAACCUACAAGUAGAAUCGAGCAAAGACCGAGAUUAAUGGUUAAUUACACAAUGAGCAAGGAGAGUAAAUACCAAAACGAAUAUAUAUUACACAUAAUUAUAACAUAACUAAUUUAACUAAAAUACGAUAUUAAUACUGAAUUGAAUUCAAACAAAGUUUUAGCCCGACCGCUUAAAAGCGUAGCAUACUUUUCAGCGCCAGUCGCCUUCGCAUUCGCUUUCAUUUCCGUAUCCGCCGCAAUCGCGUUAUAACGAUAGACGAUGGAGAUGUAAGCAAACCGAAAAUCGAUAACUGAUAAACAACCAAAAUAUGAAGAGAAAAAAACAAAAAAAAAGAAAGUAUUUCGAUCAGUUGUGCCCAAUUUUGCUAAGCUAAGCUUUGUUUGAAACAGCUUUACUGCAUAUGAUUUCUUUGGUUUCUCUGUCGUAUGAUUUACUAGCUAGCAAUGCCUUUUUCGCCGCUGUUCAGUUAUGUAUCGACAAACAAACGAUAACUGAUACCGAUUACGAUAACGUUCAAUAAAACUCCAUCGAAUGGCCCCGCUACACUGAUGGUUGUGGAGUAGUUCGACCACAGUGAAAAUUAUAUGUGAGGUUCCAUUGCGCACACAGUACACAGUACAGUGCAGUACAUUACAGUACAGUACACACUCGUCACAUUGCCCGAACUCACACUCACCCAACAUAUAGACUCUCAGAUACAUGUAAAUGCUUUGCUUUUGCUUUGAAAUUGCUGCAAUCGUAGGAGGUGAAUGAGAAACGAAUACUUUGGGAUCAAUGCGUUUUUUAGUUUUAACAAUAAAACAACAACCAAUUCACCCACUGACACUACUCACGUUUUUGAGAAAACACACACAAUUACAGACUUGGGCAUUGAAAGAAGAAACUUCUUUCAGUGACGAAACGAUCCUCUUCUCGCUGACUUGCUCUCACUCGUUCUCCAACACAACACGAAUUGAAACUGUUAUACGAAACAUGCUUUCACACACCGCUUGACUUCUAACUAUCUGUUAAAUCAAAUACAAAUGCGGAACUUGUUCUAAGCACAUCCACAUCUACCCACUGAAAGGUAAACAGCAUCGUACAAAAUUAAUCAACAUUGGGAAUUGACAAAUGACCCUCGGCCAACCAAUGCCUUGAUUUGGACCCUUUGGACAUAUGAAAUUCUGUUCCAUUAAGUUUUGUUUCUUAGUAGAUGCCAAUUUCCGGUUCACAGUUCUUUUCAUUUAGUGGCCAGAGUGUUUAUAUUUACUUUCUGUGUUGGAUACCUGUAGUAAAUGUAUAACAGUAUUAUAACCGUUACAUGACAGCCCUACAUCAGAAACUUAACACGCUUAUAACAGUUUAAUCUCUGUCAUACUGAGGUGAUAAGUCAAUCGUAAGGCACUUGUAUAACGGUUUUAUGCCACUGUAUGGCAGCUGUAUAACAUCUUUGACCAGUUUUUAAGUCCAGUUACAUUUGGCAACUUUACAUCGAUCAGCUGUCUUAAUUUGUUCGCAAAAACGAGUAAUAUAGAAAAAAUAUAGAAAGUAUUCCGCAAUAGCUUCCCAAUACUAGACCGUUCCUAAUUCACAACGCGAUCAAUCACUAUUUAUCCUAGCCAACACAAAGAAGUAACGCAAACAACAAAAAUUGUAGAGUAAUAACUUGUGUACAUUAUGGGGACCAGUUUAAGCGUUGCCUUAAAGCCCAAAAAUUAAGUGUUUAUUUAUUUGCGCACGCUUUUACCAAAGAGCUUUGUCGUUUAGAUCAGAUUGACCCCGUGACCCCUUGACCCCGUGACCGCCUAACCCCUUACCAAACCUUACCUAGACGCAACGCAACCCGACUCGAACAGACUCCGAUUUGGUUCGUCUUACAAUCAUCGUAUUACGUAUUUGUAUUUUAAUCCCACAUUGAUUUAACGCUUGCCGAUUGCCAAUUUUGUAACGACUUGAAUGUAGCUUCAUUAUUAUAUACAUUUUGUUGGCUGUUUGACAAAUAAUACGAGUACCCACAUUGAUGAAUAAUAGAUCACAUGGAAAUAACGCAAAACGAUAAAUCGCUUAGUCGAGAAUAAUAAACGAAACAUGCUAUAAACUAAUAACAGAAAAUUAAGUUUGAAAAUUCCGUACAAAAUGCAUAAGUUUAACGAAAAAAGCAUAUAAUACUGAGAGAACUUAACGCAUAAUAUAUCUACUUAUACUGAGUGCACUGUUAUAAACGAGGGGCGGGGCGAGAUUAAAUAAACAACAAGAACAACAACAACAACAACAAAAAGAAAAACGAAUCAAACGAAAAAGAAAAAGAAAAACAAAAGAAAACAAAACAUUAUAAUGGUAUAUACUUCAAGAUAUUAUACUAUCUAUGUGUGAAUAACAUCAUAUGCAAAACAACAGCCACACAUGAAGCUUAUGCGACAAGCAAACCGAUGAAAAGAAACAAAAAACUUAGCAAGAAGUCGAGAAAGAGAUACUAUACUAUAAUAUACGUGUAAAUUUACAAUAAUAAAAGCCGAGAGAGGGAUAUGAAUUUUAGCAAGCGGUAAAUUCAAAACGAAACCGAAACGCAAAUCGAAAUCGAAAAGUUGCAAAUUAUAUAUGAGAACUCGAUGACGAAAAGGACGAAAAGGACGACGUCGUGAAGGGAUGAUAACGAUGUUGAUAAGGAAAUCUAUUUCAUAUUUUUAGCAUACGUGUAAACAUAUUUUUUGUGCCGAAGUUACGUUCGAAGCAACACGCGCAUCAUUGCCAUUAGACAAAAUAAAAUUAAUUAUAUAUACAAUAUGCCUAAAAAUAAUACAAAAAAAAAAUAAAAACGAAAACAAAAACAAAACUACCACUAAUAAUUAUAAAAAGGAAACAAAACAAAACAACUGCAUAUUUUGUGCUGCUGAAGAAAGUCACAACGCAACAAAAAACAUGAUAACAAUAAAACAUAUAUAAAUUUCUAACAAUUUUUGAGCAAUAAAACCACACUCACACACACAUACCCUCACCCAGACACACACACACACAUACGCUCAUCACAGAAGUUUGGCGAAUAUUUGCACCGCCACUGUAAGCCCUGUAAGCGUGCGAAAGAGAGCGAGAUGGGGCUUAACCGCGCUCCGCACUGCUCUCGCACACUUCGCACAGUGGCGUCGCAAAGUAUGCAACCAGGAAACUGACAGCAGCAUUCUCGAAUACCAAAUACAAAUGCAAGUGGAAUGGCAAAUGCUAGGAGAUGUUGCGGAUACAGAAAGCGAUUAAACAUUUUUAGAUACACUUCAAAAAUCAAAGCGUGGAAAUUUCUAUAUUAGUUAAUAAUAAAUUCCUUUUUUGUUAACUCACUAUAUUAAAAUGAAAACAAAGAUGGACAAAAACUUUAGCUUUAUACUCGUACAUUUGUAAUAUAUUACAUAAGUCUAGAUAAUUACAUAAAAACAAAGGAAAAAUAGAAAAUAUAUUAUAAAUUAUAAUUAUACAAAAGCAAAACCGAAAAAAAUUUUACAAAUAAAAAAAACGCAAAAAAAAAAUCAAUAAAACCCAAAUCAAACGAAGCAUAGCAAAUGAAAUUCAAAGUAAAUUCAUAAAUAGCGUACAAAAAUCGAAACAAAACAAAAAAAAAAUGAAGAAACCCCAAAACGAACUGUAAAAAAAGAGAAAACAUUUAAAUGUAAAACAGCCAGUUAUUAUGCAUAGCUAAUAAAAUUCAAAAUACAGAGCAGGAGCAGGAAAUAAGAACAAUUAUUGCAAUUAGAUAUUCUACAUAAAAAAUUCGAGAUCUUUAGUAAAACAUAGGUUGCAUACGCAACCACACACAAGCAAAACACACACACACAUGCGCAUUCCCGAAUACAUCCGUAUGUAAGUACAAUUUGAUUUCCGGCGACCUGUGAAUAGGUCGUUAUCCUGAUUUCGAGUGCUAUCAGUUGCCAACCCAGCCAUUCAGCCACAUAGACAGACGCCAUCAAGGACCCACACGAGACACAUUACCAGACAGACCCCGGAUAAGAGGAAAACCACGCCAAGCAGCAGAGAUUAAGAUACCAAUCCAAGCCUAUACGAUACCGAUACCGAUACCGAAACCGAAACCAAUCCAAACAGAACACAAGAACACACAAUUACGAAAGUUGCCAUCCAGCGAAGUAUUUGCAAUUUAUAUUGAGAGCAAGAGUUAAUAGCCGUUUAUAUAAAGCCCGUUGAACACGAAAACAAAACGAAAAAAAAAGAGAAGAAAACCAAAAACAGACUGAAGAAAAUGAGAAUUAUUUAACAAGAAAAUUUAUAUAUAUGUAAUGAUAGCCAAUAGAGACAAGUGCAUCCAAGCUAUAUGAACAGAAUCACAAAUUGCCAAGCUGCUUUUACAUGCAUCCAGAGCUGAGCCCCAUCCACUCACUCGCACACACACACACACACAGGGGGCCGGAUAUCCUGCCACGCCCCACACGACCGCCCACCCACGACACUCAGAUACACGGACACACUAACACUCACACUCACACACUGGCGAUUGAGUAGCUCAUGAAUAGAUUGAGAUGUGAGGGAAAUAUGUAUUUAUAUUUAUACACCAGCAAGUUAGCAAAAAUGGAUACAUGAUACUAAUGAGAAGCAUAAGUUAAAUAUACAUAUUAAAGGACGUCUUAAACUAAAGCAACAGCAGAAACUGACAAAUGCAAAUAUUAGCGAGAUUACAAUGAAAACGUUUGCGAGGAGGAGACACAGGCACAGUUAGCAUAUUUUUUUUAUACAAAUACAAUUUAAGCAAACGAAUACGAAAAUCAACAAAUUGAAGUAAUUUAUUAGUGAGAAACCGAAGCAACUGAUGAUGUCUUUGUAAAGACUUUAUAUAUGCCUGCCAUAUGCCUACAUCUGCCUAGCUGUCUGACUCUAACACAAACACUGAGACACGAACACAACACUUUCUCCCUCCCCUACUUUCUCCCACUCUCUCUCUCUCCCUCUCUCGCUCUCGCUUGUGCAGACACGACACAGACACAGACAGACAGACAAACUCCUGAGUAAGUCCAUUCACAUCAUCCGGAACAAGGACCGACUUGCCCUCGAUGAGAAGCGCGGAGAGAGGCGCACUGUGGACUGGUUGUAAACGAUGCAGCGGUUGCACGUACCGGCCGAAGAAAGUGUUCAGGCUUCUUCUUGCCCUUGUAUGCUUUGUAUUCCAUUAGCCCAUCCUGAUUUCUUAGCCAGUUUUUUUGGGGGAGCCUGCGUUGUGUCGUUGGCUCCCCCCAACCUCCUAGAUCCCCCAAACCCGAGCCAGAGCCGUUGUUGAGCAACUCUAUUUGAUAGCAACUUCCCCGGCUACAAAUUCUUAGUGGUUCAGAUGGCUAUAGGACAACCGGACACACGUACAUACAUACAUACAUACAUACAUACAAGCACACACACACACGCCCACACAGACACUGAAAUUCUGUCCCUUUAAAGAUGAUAAAGAUAUAUACAUAUGAAUAUGUAUAUGUAUAGAAUAUAUAUGUGCGAUCAAGUAAAAGCAGCUAGAAAAAGUACCGAAAAACCAAAUAAGAAAUUGCUAAAAAUUAAUGACACCCGCCACUUUUCUACUAAAAAGAAAUCGACUGUAUAUAUAUAUACAAAUAUAUAUAUAUGAUAAUAUGAGUAUAUUUAUGUAGCAGUAUAACAGUAUGUGUAGUAUAACACUUUGUCCAUUUGCUUGACAAACAGAACCAUACACACAGACACCACACACACACACACACACACACACACACACAGACAGGCACACGAUCUGCAUUUUGUUUUCUAGUUUUUUAAAGGGACAUUAACUUGUACUAGCGAUACUCUUAAUAACUAAAUCUUGCAAAAUAAUACGAAUAGGGACAUCGCUGUCAUACAUUGUAAUGUUUUCGCCGGCACAACCUUCGAUUUUCGAUUGAAGCCAGCCUCUUGUUAUCAAUUUUUGUCGAUAGAAUACGUGUAUUUACUACCAACCACAGAUGAUAAUCCAUUAAGUUUGCCCAGAAACACACAUAUUAAUAUAAAUAUACCUGCAUAUAUAUUUUUUUUAUAACAACAUAUGGUAAAUCUGUAUGGGACAAAUGAAACACAACAACAAAUUUUGUAUGUAUUCAUUUUUAUUAAAAAGAAAAGAGGGAAAAACAAAUGGGAAAAUACAAACCGGAAACCAAAAGAAAACAAAUAACACUCGUAAAACACACGGACAGACGAAAAUUGUUUUUAUAAAGAUAUAUUCGAUUAAUAUAUUUAAAAUAAAGUAAAACAAAAAACAAAACGAAACAAAAAUAAAACAAAACAAACAAACGCCUGAAUUAGUUUAUUACGCAAAAGAAA